CCUCAGAUCCAGCCGUACGCCACCGGCUCCUCGACCAAUUCCUCGCCUCGAGGCGACUCGAUUAGCUCUGGGUCCGUGGGCGGAAGCGCGAGUUCACACACAUCAUACGCCGCGUCGAUAAACGGCCACAACGCAGGCUUCAAGACACCCUCCCCCGAGCAGACCCCGCAGUCACUCAAUCGCGACGGCCAACCGUUGAAUGCGCAGUCGCAGCAAAGCUCUCCAUACGCACCUCACGACGGCUACGCCUUCACCCAAGUGGGCUACAACAGCAUGAACCAGAUGCAACCGUAUGCUGACGUGCAUCCGCCCCACAUGUCUGCUGCCACUGCCCAUGCCCCGUCCUCGGCUGCUCCUCCGGGUCUUUCGCACUAUGCCUAUCCUCCCCAGUCUGCCAUGCUCCAACCUGGGGCCCAAUACGGACCUACCCCGCCUGGCUAUCCGCAAUAUGGCUAUUCGAAUGGCGUCCCAUCUCAAUUGCCCGCAUCUGGAUCCAUGAGUAACCCCAUGGUACCUUCGACAAUACAGCUUCCUGCCAUGUCAGCUGGUGCGCCACCGUCGGGUCUGCCAGGCUCGCAAAGCUACCAAACACAUUCGUUUGAUCACACUGGGCAGGUCGCCCCGCCCGGCAUGAAGCCUCGCGUAACUGCCACGUUGUGGGAAGACGAAGGCAGCCUUUGCUUCCAAGUUGAGGCAAAGGGUGUAUGCGUCGCCCGUCGUGAAGACAACCACAUGAUCAACGGUACGAAACUUCUCAACGUCGCUGGUAUGACACGAGGCCGUAGAGACGGUAUUCUCAAGAGCGAAAAGACCCGACAUGUCGUCAAAAUUGGACCCAUGCAUCUCAAGGGCGUAUGGAUUCCUUUUGAGCGGGCGCUUGAGUUUGCCAACAAGGAGAAGAUUACAGAACAGCUGUAUCCUCUCUUUGUUCAUGACAUUGGAGCUCUGCUGUAUCAUCCCUCGAACCAGACGAGGGCAAGUACUCAGCGAUACAUGGCAGGUCCGACGACGUCGCAACCUCCAUCUCUGCAUCACCAUCACUCGAUGAGCAACCCCGUCGGGGGAGCCAUGUCCCAACCACCACAUGCUAUCCAGCCACACCCGUCCUCGGGACGCCCAAGCAUCGAUCGCGCGCACACUUUCCCCACUCCACCAACGAGUGCGUCCAGCAUUAUGGGGAUGGGCAACCAAGGCAGUUCAUAUGAGUGGAACGGCAACAACGUUCAAAACACUCCAGGAAGCCAACCCCUCUCCAUUGACACGGGCUUGAGCAAUGCCCGAUCUGUACCUACUACACCCGCGAGUACCCCGCCCGGUGUCGUACAGCAAGGCAUUUCGUACCCUUCCGGUCAGAGUUUCGAUGGCUCGAGGCCCAUGUACUCUGCACCUCCCUCUCAGCCAGGUCAAUAUCACACUCAAGGGCAACCCAUGAUGACCUAUAGACAAGACGGACCUUAUCCCAAAACGGAGAUGGCACCGCCGUCUCGCAUCACCGAUGUUACCGACGAGGAGGUCAAGCCAGCCGAUGGCAUGAUGCCGCAAGGCAACGAUCAGGUAUCGGCUGCCCCGGCUGGAAGCGAGGCCGAUCACGAGCAAGACCAUGAGUACACUCAUUCAAAUGCUCCUUACAAUGGCAACAGAAGCACGUAUGGCUACAACCCCGGCGCUGCUCCUGGAUCAAUCCACCCCGAUCAUGCUCAUCUUUCCCCGGAAAUGACCGGAUCCCCGCACCAGAACGGAUCUGGACGCGCAACACCGCGAACAGCAGCCACUGGACAGACGCAAUGGAACCCCGGAUACCCAACACCCCAACGCCACGCACCGCCAUCCAGCAAUCUCUACAAUGUCAUGAGCGACCCUCGUGGUGCUCCCAACGGCAACGGACCACACCAUGAGGCAUAUCCGGGCCAGGGCGCAGUGUCGCAGUAUUCAAACCAAGCAUACCCUCCGAUGAACGGAAGCAAGCGUGGCCGCGACGACGAGGAUCAAGAGUCGUACAGUCGCCCUGACAGCGUUCAAGGGGACGACAUGGGUGGUAUGAAGAGGCGGAAGACCAUGGAAGGUGGUGCUGUCGGUGGGCCCUAUGCUCAAGACCCCAAUCCUGGACUUCAACGUUCUCACACUAUGGCCGCUCAACGUGCCAGGAGAUAGUGAGGUUGGCCUUUCCAGUUGCUCUGGUGGACAGUUGAUUUUGUGUUUGAUCUAGACGGUGGUCCAGUCUAUAUCCAAUGGUUCUGCAGCAUAGCGAGCGUUACUCACGAAAAAUCACGACACCCUACCGCCGCAUCUCCGACUGAUCCUCCACUUCUUGAUCUCGAACCCGACUGCUCUCGAGCAAACAAAAAUUUGACACUCU